AGCUGCGCAGAGACCGAGCGGUGUAUGACACCCAAGUACCGCGAGAGCAAUUGUCCCGAACUGCUUUCGAAUCACUCUCGCGGAACGUUCACGUCAUAUGCUGAUCAGUCAGCGCACGCUUCAAGAAGUCGUUCACACCUAGAGUUGCAAAAGUUAAAUGGCGAGCGAUUUAGUCCGAGCAUUAAAGACAAAGGCGAAAUCUCUCAGUUUGAGCUCCAGGAAAAUUACUUAUCUGACAGAGGAUUAUGCAAAGUUAACAUGGAUUACAACAUUAAAGUUGAAUAAUAACUAUCUGUCGGAUUUGCCAUCCGAACUGCAGUGUUUAGAACAGUUGACAGAACUCAAUCUGGGUAAUAAUGUUUUUGAGGAGGUGCCAUCUGUGUUAGCACAUCUCUGUCAUCUGAAAAAACUUUAUUUAUAUGGGAACAAAAUAAAGCAUUUGCAACCACAGAUUCUGGAGGGUCUCCCAAAUCUUGUGCUUCUCAAUCUAAACCACAAUAGAAUAAAAGUAAUUCCUCCAGAAAUUCAUAGGCUUGGUAGUCUAGAAAGCAUGAGUAUCACAGACAAUCAUUUGGAGCAGAUUCCAGCUGAAUUGGGUCUGAUAAAAAGUCUGACAGAGGUUCAUUUUACUAAUAAUAAACUGACUAGAAUACCACAGCAGUUGUACAGUUUAUCACACCUGAGGAAGUUGUACUUGGCCCGAAACAACCUGACUGAACUUCCAGAGGGGAUUCUUAGUUGGAGAAAUCUGAAGACCUUAGACGUUGCUGGAAAUCAUUUAUCUGUGUUUCCAGUGGGUUUUCAGUUUCUCACAUUGGAAGAAUUGUUCUGUGAAGGAAACAAUUUAGUUUCAUUUAAACCGAUGGAGUCCAUUCAAGAAAAAGAAAUUCUUUCAUUAAAGGAACUCUCAGCCAGGAUGAUUCUCAGGGACAGCACAAACAAAUUCUCAGUUCUCUCUAGGGCUUUACCAUUUUACCCAGAGCUGCAGGACUUGCUGUCUCACUGGGGACAAUGUGCCGUGUGCUCCAUGCCUUUCCUCACGACCUGGCUGGAGUGUGUGCAGUUUAUAAACCUAAAGCAUAUGGGCAUGAAAAGCUCAGAGUUUAUACCAGUGAGAGUUUUACUGUGUUCCUACAACUGCUUCAACAGAAAUGAUCACAGAUACUAUGGGCUUGUGCAGAUGUAACUAACGAAUGUGACCCUGGACCACAAAAAUAGUCAGCAGUAACCAAAAUUACAUGUGGGUCAAAAUGAUGCCAAAAAUCAUUAGGAUAUUAAGUAAAGAUCAUUAUUAAUGAAGAAAUGUUAAAUGGGUCAAUGAUGUGACGUUAAUUAUUUUGUGUCCGUAUGGUUCAAUUAAAUGUAAAAGGGUUAAAAUUUCUAAAUAAAUUUGCAGAUUACUUGCAUACAUUUUUUUUUUUGAGGGCCAAGUCUAAAAUUUCUGGUUUUAUUUCAUUUUGAAAGAAUAUUUGGGGGAUAAUGGCAACAAUGUCAAUGUGGUGUUACCAGUGUGUGUCAAUUGGUGUAACUAGUAUUUUUUUAAAUGAAAAUAUAAAUGUAUUCAUAAAA